UUGCGUUGCCAGUCCCGACUCGUUGAUCUGACCCCAUCCCCCUUCCCCCCUGAUGUAGGUACAAAGCCUCAGGACUUCUUCAACAAGCGUUUUUCCCACCCUCUCUCUCUCCUCGCCCGCCUCCCCUUCACCUUGCUCAAUCUUCAGCAUCUUGUAUUCUACAAUCUACCCGUCUGUCUGUCUUGUCUGCCUGUCUGCCUGCCUGCCUGCUUGACCGUCCCAGCCCGAUCUUGUGUGUUCGUCUGCCGUGCCUCCUUCGCCCUCGGCAUCGACCAUCCGCACCACACCCGCCCUUCCCCCUUGCGUUCCACCCUCGUAUGCGACCUGCAGCCGCUUCAGGCAGGCUACCUGCUCCUCCAUCAUGGAGUCCCUCCCCGUAGAGCUGGUGCGCCUCAUCUAUGAGUCUUGUGACCUGCCCAGCGUCAAGAACCUCCGCCUCAUGUCCUCCUUCUUUGCCGAGAUUGGCCUUGAGUACUUGAUGGGGUCCAAGAUCAACGUCGUCAGCUGGAGGGACGACGUCGCCAGGCUGCACUCCAUCGCCACCCACCAGCGCCUCAGGAGUGCCGUCCAGUCUCUCACCAUCAACUUCGCCGAUGUCGACGAGUACAAUGCUCGUCACGCAUCUUUCUUCCAGCACUACCUCGAGGACCCCGAGGAGCGCAAUGAGCGUCUGCAGGCCGCCUGGCUGGCCUACUGGGAGGCAAAGCAGCAGCGCAUGACCGUCCCGGCCUUUGACAGCCGCCCGGACAUGGUCCUGGAGGCCUUCCGGAACCUGCCAAAUCUACGCCACCUCGAUGUCACUUUCACCAGGUGCCCCUUCGACAUUGAGGUCCUGGACCAGGUCUUCCAGGGCCUGCCCAGCUGCCGCAAGAUGGACCGGGACCAUGCCGCCAAGAACCUUGCCCUGAUCGCAUCCGCCCUCAAGGAGACAGACCUGACCUCUUUGACCAUCGACCGCUUCCCGCUGGAGACCUUGAGGCUGCCGGACGAGAGGAGGCACUGGUUCGACUGCGUCUCGACCUCGUUCGCCAAACUGACGACGCUCAACAUCACCGUCGACCCGUCCACGCUUAAGCUGCCGAAUCAGAGAUUCAAGGCCAUCAAGGGCCUGGGCCACAUCCUGCGCUGUGCUGCCAAUGUCACCAAUCUCACACUGGCCUUCCACACCUACGGCAUGCCCAAGCACAAGUUCAUCAUCUGGUUCGACACACUGCUCGAGGGCUUCACCUUCGAGAAGCUCACCGACCUCAAGCUGGAGGGCAUCUCGUGCGACGAGGAAGACCUGCGGAAAUUCAUCCUACGGCACGCCGGCACGCUCGAGCGGCUCCGCCUGGGCGGUCGCGGCCUCGCAAAGGCCCACGAGGGUGGCCUGGGCGGCAUCCACCUCUGCCGGGGCACCUUCCGGGGCCUGUUCGUCGGGUUGCGGAAUCGGCUGCCGAAGCUGGAGAGGAUCCACCUGGAGGGUGAUUUCGAAUGCGUCGGCGUCGAGAGGUCCUCCAACGAGGCCUACAGCUUCCACGGCGUCACCAACGACAACUGGGAGGACAUGUCGGGUGACUGGCGGCUAGGCCGCGCCGUGUCAUCGUCCGGCAGGACCACCAGGGAUUGCCUCGACUUCGAGCGAUAUCUGCUCCAGGGGGGAAGAUACCCGGGCUCCACGUCCGUCUCCCCUGCUGUCGUGGCCCCGGCGCAGUAGCUGACCACCGGGACCACAUGUGGCCUCUUGCGACGGACGACCUUGUUAAAUUACUACCACAACCUUUACGCUCUCUGACACACACACACUGCAUAGACUUGCAACUAGACUUGGACUCGGCGAUCGAGUACUGGUGUUCUGGGAAUUGCUUUUCUGGGGUCGGGGUUUACCAAGUUUGGGAGUUCACUGUUGCCGCCGCCGCUCCUCGCCGCUGCAGCUUCCUUUUCAACUAUAUAUAGACGAAUGCCCCCACGGCGAUCCAAACCGAUCUACAACAUUCAUGUAGCUUCGAGACGAUUUGACGAUAUCAAAUAGAAAAUGAGCCCAGAGCCAAUCAUGUUAAUCAUUCAUUCAUUUAUCUGCCGACUCCUUAUGCGUCUAUCCAUACCAUGUGUUCGUGCAUCCAUCCAACAGCAUAUAUAAGACCUCUCCGAUAUAGCGGUGCAACCUGUCGUCGUAGUUUGAAGCAGGCGGCCGCUUGGCAAGGCGGUUUUGACGACGCCACAUGGGACGCCGAAAACCUGCUUGCAGUGCUGCUGCCCGGGAACUUGGAACGGCGACGGGUAGCCGCGAUCACCAUACGCAGGGGAGACGUCAUCGUAGGUUACCCGCAUUUUUCCUGGGAGGAAC